AUGACUCUCUUUGAAUCCUUAAGAUCAAUCUCAUCUUUUUCAAAUGAAAAGAACCAAAAAUUAAACUCAAAAACAAACAUUAGUUCAACAACUUUUUCGAUUAACUCUUUUGAAAACAAUAACAUUUGCUUCAAUGGAGGAGUUUGCCCUCGUUAA